AUGGUGACAGCUAAGCAGUACGCACGUCAUCAAGGCCUGGAGGCGUGCAGUCAAGGCCCGUCUGCCAGCACGGAGGUAGUUGUAGCUGUACCACCGCCAAACACCUACAGUCAAGCCCUGCAAAGUCCAACCGCACGCGCACCACCUGCCAGCACUGAGGUACCACCACCAAACACGUACAGUCAAGCCCUGCAAAGUCCAACCGCACGCGCACCACCUGCCAGCACUGAGGUGGUCGCAGCCGCAGUACCGCACACAAGCUUGACCCCAGCGAAGCCAGCAGCGUCGCCAGCCGCCAACACAGUCGCCUGCACCCCAGUCACGCCGACGACUGCUCUGGCCACCUCCAGGGGGAAAACCACACACCCAUCACCGGACACUGAAGACGAUGGCUUUACUCCAGUGAAGAGGGGAAAGAACUCCUUUCGCCCAGGUAACAGUGCCACCUCGGAAUGCCAGAACAACGACACAGACCCACAGGUCACGUGGGCUAACGAAGUCAGUGCGAAAGAGGUCGAAAACCUCCUCAAGCGGAUCCGCAGACGCAAGGGCAGCUUCUAA